AUUUUUGUUUGUUUUAUGCAUAAAGUGACCUGGAAAUAACUCCGGAAACGAAAACGAUGCAUUUCUAUUUUUGUAAAACCCUAAAAACCCAAAACCCAUUUGUAAAUCCUUGACUGAGAGAACCAAACACGAAAACGAUGGCUACAUGGACAAACCCAAACGAGCUAAUCUCAACGACGUCGUCGACAAUUCCCACAGCAUUUCACCACCAUAAGGCAGUGCCCUCCUUCAGGACAUGCAUUUCUCUAAGUAGCAAAAGAAGAAGUGCACUGAAACGGCGAUGUUUUGGAGUUGUGAGCUGUUCAUUUGCACCCAUGGAAUCGGCCAAGAUUAAGGUGGUUGGGGUUGGUGGCGGUGGCAACAAUGCCGUUAAUCGCAUGAUUGGCAGCGGUUUACAUGGUGUUGAUUUCUAUGCCAUAAACACGGAUGCUCAAGCACUAUUACAGUCUGCUGCCGAGUACCCACUUCAAAUUGGAGAGCUUUUGACUCGUGGACUAGGUACCGGUGGGAAUCCACUUUUGGGGGAGCAAGCAGCUGAGGAAUCAAAAGAGGCCAUUUCAAAUGCUCUGAAGGGCUCAGAUCUUGUGUUUAUAACAGCUGGUAUGGGUGGAGGCACAGGGUCUGGUGCUGCCCCUGUUGUUGCACAGAUAUCCAAAGAGGCAGGCUAUUUGACUGUUGGUGUGGUUACCUAUCCUUUCAGCUUUGAAGGGCGUAAAAGAUCCUUGCAGGCAUUCGAGGCCAUUGACAAGUUGCAGAAGAAUGUUGACACUCUUAUAGUGAUACCCAAUGAUCGCCUUCUUGAUAUUGCUGAUGAGCAGACACCCCUUCAGGAUGCUUUCCUUCUUGCUGAUGAUGUUUUACGUCAGGGAGUGCAAGGAAUUUCCGACAUAAUCACGAUACCUGGACUGGUAAAUGUGGAUUUUGCAGAUGUAAAGGCAGUUAUGAAAAACUCAGGAACUGCAAUGCUUGGAGUAGGGGUUUCCUCCAGCAAAAACCGUGCAGAAGAAGCAGCUGAACAGGCAACUUUGGCUCCUCUGAUUGGAUCUUCAAUUCAAUCAGCUACUGGCGUAGUGUAUAAUAUCACUGGAGGAAAGGACAUAACCCUGCAGGAAGUCAACAGAGUGUCUCAGGUUGUGACAAGUUUGGCAGAUCCUGCUGCUAACAUAAUAUUUGGAGCUGUUGUGGAUGACCGCUACAAUGGAGAGAUCCAUGUGACUAUUAUUGCAACAGGCUUUUCACAGUCGUUUCAGAAGACACUGCUAACAGACCCCAAGGCAGCAAAGCUGUUGGACAAAGUAGCAGGGGGUCAAGAAAGCAGGGGAAUUCCCCUUCCCCUGAAGUCCUCAACCUUGCCACCCAGCAGUUCAUCAAAGCCAUCUCCCAGAAAGCUUUUCUUUUAAAUCAGUUUGUUGUUUUUUAGUCUCUUGUGCAUUUUGCCUUGUAAUGAUAUUGAAGAUCCGAUUUAUGAAAUGUCGUUACUUUUUAUCCA